AGUGGUCAAGCAGAGAAUGCAGAUGUACAACUCUCCCUACAGGAGCAUGAUGCACUGUAUCCGGACUGUAAGCAGGACAGAGGGAGUGGGGGCCUUCUACCGUAGUUACUCCACCCAGCUCUUCAUGAACAUCCCUUUCCAAGCCAUUCACUUCAUUACGUAUGAGUUCACUCAGGAGCAGCUGAAUCCACAGCGGCAGUACCACCCCGGUUCUCACAUAGUCUCCGGAGCAAUCGCCGGGGCGGUGGCCGCCGCAGCAACUACUCCUCUGGAUGUGUGCAAAACAUUAUUAAACACUCAAGAGAACAUGGCCCUCAGCUCUGUUAACGUCAGCGGACAUCUUUCGGGCAUGGUUAAUGCCAUUAGGACGGUCUACCAGCUCGGAGGGGUGUCGGGGUAUUUCAAGGGCGUCCAGGCCCGGGUCAUAUAUCAGAUGCCUUCUACAGCCAUCGCAUGGUCUGUCUAUGAGUUCUUCAAGUACUUUUUGAGCAAAAAACAAUAACAAGGAUAUAGAUCUAUCCUGAAGAAGAGGAGACCAUUGCUGAUGGAGCCGGAUCUGGGAAUCCAUAUUUUAAAUCUGCAAAAAUUCCAUUUUAUAUUUGAUAUUUGUCUGAUUUUAACCACCAUUCCUUUUUGCCAAAUAUACAAGGGGCGACCUGUUUUUUUUUGGUGCCUUUCCCAUAUUACCUCAACCAAUCUACAGUGUAAAUGCUUCAACCUACUUUAUUUAUAUUGGCUUAGAGAUGGGGCCACCUCAUGUAUACUGGUGACCAGCAAUGCUGGGUUGUAGUUUUGCUGUAACAGCAUACAGGAAUAUAUAUAUAUUAUGUAGAGAGAUUUGUAAAGUCACUGCCCAAUAGUCCUGAAAAUAUAUAUAAAUAUUUAUUUAUGCUAUUCUAAUAGUUGUUUAAUGCCAAGAACAAGAUGACGCACAAGUCCUAGAUUUUUAUUUUAUUUUAGAGACUAUAUUAAUAUUGUAAGGUUUCUAUAUCCUUUGCGAAUGUGUAAAUAGUUUUUAUGCCAUAUUUUUCUAUAGGGAAAUAGACAGGGUAAAUAUUCUGCGUAUUAAUAUGUUAUCAUGAAGAUGGUAGGCUCCACAUUUUUAAAGAGAUUAAUUUUACUUUUUAGAUAAACAAACAGCUGAAACCUAUUUUAUUUAAUUUUUUUUUCUGUUCUCGGGCGAUGCCCAAGUUGUUAUGAAGGGAUAGUUCCCAGCAUGCUUUGCACCUAGCAUGGCAUGCAGGGCAGUCUAGUUUUGCAAUACCUUCAGUGCCUCAGGUAGCAGACACUUGGUCUAAAGGGAAAAUGUCAGCAGGAAAAUUCUGUCUAGGCUACCAGCAUCACGUUAUAGAGCACAAAAAGCUCAAUGAACGAAUAAAAAAUAUAUAUAUGUUCAUUCUAUUUUUAAAUAUAUAUUAAAUGUUUAUAUUAUAUAUAAAUAAUAUACACAAAAAUAUAUAUAUAUAAUAUAUUUUGGCUUUAGGGUGCGUUCACAUGUGCAGAUUUUGCUGCCCAUUGAAUCAGUGGGCAGCAGAACCUGCAGCAAAAAUACGCACGUGUCAACGCACCCUUAGGGCACGUUCACACGAGCAAAUCCACAGCGUAUUUCACGCUGUGGAUCCGCUGCUGAACGAUUGCUGCAUGGUGCUUUUAGAUGCGCCUGCUUGGAGCGGCAAUCUGCCGAUACAAAUAGACAGACUGCGA